GAGAGUUUAUGGCAGGCUUCGUAGGUUGUUCCUAGGUAUAGUGCGCGUUGUAGUCGCGUACCAGGUUUUAUAUAAGAUUUUUUGCCACCACCAACCCACCCGCCUGCCGCUACUGCUGCUCUCGGCGUUCGCGACGGCGACGGCGACGGCGAUGGAGACCCUGGGCGUGCUGCUGUUGCACCCCGUGAACGCCUACCUGGAGCAGGAGCUCGACCGCCGCUUCCGCCUCAUCCGCCUUUGGGACGCCCCUCCCGACGGCAGCGCCGAGUUCCUCCGCGCCAACGCCUCCGCCAUCCGCGCCGUCGUUGCCUACCCCGGCUACAGCGCCCUCGCCGCGCUCAUCGACGCGCUGCCGUCGCUCGAGAUCGUCCUGUCCUUCUCCGUGGGGAUCGACCACGUCGACCUCCCCAAGUGCCGCGAGCGCGGGAUCCGCGUCACCAACACCCCCGACGUCCUCACCGACGACGUCGCCGACCUCGCCGUCGGCCUCGCCGUCGCCGCGCUACGGAGAAUCCCGCAGGCCGACCGCUUCGUGCGCGCCGGCCUGUGGAAGGCCAAGGGGGACUACGCACUCACCACGCGAUUCAGUGGCAAAAGAGUGGGCAUUAUUGGGCUGGGCAGGAUAGGGCUUGCCAUUGCCACUCGAGUGGAGGCCUUUGAUUGCCCAGUUAACUACUACCAGAGAACAAAGAAGGACUACCCCAGUUACACCUAUUACCCUUCUGUAGUUGGAUUGGCAGCAAGCAGCGACGUCCUCGUGGUGGCUUGCUCAUUGAAUGAACAGACUCGCCACAUUGUCAACCGUGAGGUGAUCGAGGCACUCGGACCCAAGGGUGUGCUCAUAAACAUCGGGCGUGGCCCUCAUGUUGAUGAGCCUGAGCUUGUCUCUGCCCUCAUUGAGGGGCGCCUUGGUGGGGCAGGCCUCGAUGUGUUUGAGGAUGAGCCCAAUGUGCCCGAGUCCCUCUUCACACUUGACAAUGUUGUCCUGGUAUCACACAUGGGGAGCGGGACACACGAGACGCGCAAGGCGAUGGCGGACCUGGUUCUCGAUAACCUGGAGGCGCAUGUUCUGAAGAAACCACUGCUGACACCUGUUAUCUGAUAUGAUGAUCUCUGGUCGCAAGCAUCAACGGGCAUUAUAAUGUGUUUUAUAUGCCUCCUGUUAUUUGAAGUUGUUAUCUCAAGGUAUGUUCUAUGUGGAUGGCCUCAAAAACAAUUUCUCUCUUUGUAAGCCGGUUUGUUUGGCUUUAUCAAUAUUUAAUAAUACUCCCUCCGUCCGAAAAUACUUGUCGGAGAAAUGGAUAAAUAUGGAUGUAUCUAGAACUAAAAUACACGUAGAUACAUUCAUUUCUACGACAAGUAUUUCCGGACGGAGGAAGUAUAUGGUUGCAUGCA